AUGAGCUCAGGGGACGUCGUUUGCACUGGAUGGCUCAUUAAAUCACCCCCCGAGAAGAAACUCAAGAGAUACGCAUGGCGGAAGCGCUGGUUCGUGCUGCGCAGAGGCCGUAUGAGCGGGAACCCGGACGUGCUGGAGUACUACAGGAACAACCACUCCAAAAAGCCCAUUCGGAUCAUCGACCUCAACGAAUGCGAAGUGCUGAAGCACUCGGGGCCCAACUUCAUCAAGAAAGAAUUUCAGAACAACUUUGUCUUCAUUGUGAGAACCACCUACCGCACCUUCUACCUGGUAGCCAAAACCGAGGAGGAGAUGCAGAUCUGGGUGCACAACAUUAGCCAGAUCUGUAACUUUGGACAUCUAGAAGAUGGCACAGGUUCGGUGGAGAGCCUUUCUCACACGACCUCGUCCCCGCAGCCAUCACCAGCCGCCUCCACCCACGCCUCCCGCAUCGCCGAUCCCUCCUUCUCGGUCGACCACACUGCUGCUGACGCGUCUGCCGCAGAGGAGACCCCCAGCGAGUCGGAGUCAGUCUUCCUCCCUGAUUACCUCUUCCUCUCCAACUGCGAGUCGGGCAAGCUCAGCCAUAACAGGUGUGACAGCUGGUCAAAUUCGGACAGAUCUCUGGAGCAAACCUCAUCAGAUGAUGUUUUUGUCGACUCCUUGCAGUCCCAGCCCUCCUUGUACCUUGUGCAGCUGUCCAGUGCUGGCACUGUGCACCAGGACGGGGCUCCAUUGGCAAAUCCCAGCACCGUGUCCAGGAACAUAGACAUUAGUGGGUCACCCAGUGACUUUUCCUCCUCUUCUCCACUGCUGGGGACGCCACUGACACCAACCUUUCAGAUUGACAAGAGCCAAAACGCGCUGCCCUAUGGUGUAACCCAGCUGGACAUCCUGUCCAACACGCCCCCGCCGCGGCCACCCAAGCCAACCCACUUCUCAGACAGGAGAGGGGAUGAAGUGGGCAGUGGCACCCUCCAGAACGGGCAUGCAGGGAUCAGCCGGGCUCAGGUUGCUCUGGUGCCCAGGAGGAUCUCCUUGUCCAGCUUAGACAAUGUGAGGAACUGGAAAGCAGACAUGGAAGGCAGUUCCUUAAGAAGUCGGGAUAAGAGGCUUAGCUUGAAUUUGCCCUGCCGGUUCUCCCCGCUCUACUCAACUGCUUCGGACAGCACAGAGGACAGCUACGUACCCAUGCGCCCCAGCACCUCUCCCUCUGCGCCCGGCUCCGACUGUUCACCCGAUGGCUACAUCCCCAUGAGCCCCGGCUCAGCCACAUUUACCUUCCCUGUCGUCAGCACUGAAAAACUCACCAGCCCAUUACCUGAACUUCCCUCAGACCUGGAGCCCCCUCCGGUGAACCGAGACCUCAAGCCUCGUAGGAAAUCACGGCCACCUCCUCUGGACUUGAGGAACCUCUCCACAAUCCGGGAGCAUGCUGCUGUGACCAGGAUGUGGACUGUGCCUUACAAUCGAAUGAGCUUUAUCUCACCAGAAAGAGACGGUAUUAAUUCAGCAAGAAUAUUUGCCAAUUCAGUUUCCGGAGAAGAGGAAGAAAGUUACAUUCAUAUGGAACACAGACAGGCAACAUCUCCAUACAGUGGUGCUUUUCCAUGGACAAGGAAAUCUAACCUUGAUUACUUAGCAUUGGAUUUUAAUUCUGCUUCCCCAUCCCCUGUACAGAAGAAACCUUUUCUCUCUGAGGAGCAGAGAGUGGACUAUGUCCAGGUAGAUGAACAGAAGACUCAGGCUUUA